UGCGGACCGGCCCCUCCCCUGGGCCUGCCGCGGCGGAGAGGGACGCACGUGCCGCUUCUUUCCUCCGGUGUGGAAGGCCGGGCGCGCGGUGGGCGCGCGGUGGGCACGCGGGACCCUCGCUGCGGUCUCCGCUGGGGCCCCGGGACCGGUUGGCCAUGACCAGCCCCGACAUCACGGCGCCGCCCCGCGACCAGUCCGACCCGGGGAUAGCCUACACCGUGACAGACAUCGCCAUCAUUGCAGGCGUGGUCUCGGCCGUAGCCCUCAUCCUGAUCUGCCUCCUCUUUGUCCUGCUGCACUACCAGUGCCGGCACAAGGGCACGUACUACACCAACGAGGACAAGGGCACGGAGUUUGCAGAGACCGUGGACGUGGCCCUGGCCCUGGAGGCUGACAGCAGCAAGAAGGAGUACUUUAUCUGAGAGUGCUGGGCCUCAACUCCCCAGCUCCUCCUCCAAGCCCUCGGGAGAAAGUGCAGCACCCACCACCCCACCGGCACCUGCACCACCAGGCCACCCACAGGAGCCCCCACAUCUGCCCAAGAUGCAGCCUGGAAGAGCAGGCGCCCGCCUGAGAGGCUGGAGCUGCCACCGGGGCCUCUCCCAGGGACCACAUGGGACUUUCUCGUGCCCUGCCAGGCCCUGAGGGCCCAGGCAGUCCUGGCUACCACUGCCAACAUGAGGCUCCUCGCUGGACAUGAGCGGGUGGGAGGCCUGGAGACCAGGGCACUCAGGGGAGUGAGUCACUGAUUAGCCGACUGGGGAUGAUGACAUCAAAUGUCAGUUCUUGACAUUUGGGGGCAGCAGCAGGUGCUGGAGUGCAAAGGUACCUUUGUCUCCCAUUGGUCCAGCUCCAAAUGAUUGGAAAUAAAUUUGAAUUGUAACCGA